CACGGUUAGCCGGCAAUCCCCAGAGCCCCCUCCCCCAUGCGAUGAGUCCGCCGUGAGGGGCGGGGCCUCCCAUUAUGCCAAUAGAAACAAUGUCUGAUUGAAGUGCUCCGCGUUCACCCCUCGCCUCCGCUCCUCUCGUGACGUCUGUUGCGCCAGGUCCACCCACUGGCCUGGCGAGACCGGUGCGUGCCAGGAGUUAGGCAGGGAGAACUGGAAUGCACCGAGGGUCGGGGGAGGACUGAGUUUCUGUGUCAGUCCCUUCAAGGGGUUAAGGCAUGCGGUCGUGACAGACGAGGGGCGGGGACCCGAAGAAGCGGGGCCCGCAGCCAUGGGGCAACGCCGGGCUCCACGUGGCAUCCCAGAGCACUCGGUACUCGCAGCCUGGGAGGGGGUGCAGCCUCCAGUGAAGGGGCCCCCAGCCCAGGAGACUGCUGGGGACCAGCAAGGCAGGGAAGAAUUUGGCCUCUGCUCCCGCCUCGAGAGGGUCAUCUCUGGUCCCUGCUCCGCAGGGGCGAUCCAAACUAGCAGGUGGUCGCGACAUGUUUCAUAAAACUAGCUGAUGGGAUAGUUAAAGCUAUUGUUCGGGGUGCUGACACCCCAGACCCCUGUCCAGCCAUCGUCCCCUCUACCCCAGGAUUUCACACAGUACCCUCUCCCAGAGCUAUGAGAACGCUCAUGGGCACCAAAAUUUCAGACCAAAAUCCAGGACACGGUUCAGAACUAGUGGUCAGGAAGGGGGACAAGAGAUCUGGAAGGACAGAAAAAGUCUGGGAGACGGAGCUCGGACAGCGCCCUAGAAGGAGGGAGGUGGGUGAAGGCGGCGACCGCAAGUGGGGAGGGCGGACCCAACGACGGCGAACCUCCGCGCUGUGUUCAGCACCAUGAGCAGCGCUCACGUCCUCAAUAAAGAUGGCGGCAACAGCUUCGGUCCUCAGAGCUGCCAUGCGCGAUGGUUCGUACCACCGUGUUUCGGGCGCCGGGGCAGAGGUGGAGCGAACCAUCGGGGCGGCCGGGAGCCAUGUUGGAGCUGCGGGAGGCGGCAGCAGCGUCGGGGAUGCUGUGGUGGGGGCGGAAAAAGCCAGGGCCGCACGCCGGAGGGGCUCCGGCCGAGGAGUAGAUGGUGCCCAGAGGGCGGCGGGGGUGCGGAGAGACAGGCGGAGGGGCGGGGGCCCGGGGCGGCGGCAGGGGCCCGGGAGGGGGUCCGAGCGGCGGGGCCAGCCCAAGGCCCGGACCGGGGCGGGGGGCGGUGGAGGCCGUGCAGGGAGGCGGGGGAUGAUGGCGAGGCGACCGCCGUGGCGGGGUCUCGGGGGACGGUCGAUCCCCAUACUCCUGCUCCUUCUCCUCUCUUUGUUCCCCCUCAGCCAGGAGGAGCUGGGGGGCGGUGGGCACCAGGGCUGGGACCCAAGGUUAGCUACCACUACGGGGCCAAGGGCGCAUAUCGGUGGCGGAGCCUUAGCUCUUUGUCCCGAGUCUCCCGGGGUCCGGGAGGAUGGGGGGCCUGGCCUGGGGGUCAGGGAGCCUAUCUUCUUGGGGCUCCGAGGGAGAAGGCAAAGCGCCCGGAACAGUCGAGGGCCCCCUGAGCAGCCGAACGAGGAGCUGGGGAUUGAACACGGCGUCCAGCCAUUGGGCAGCCGCGAACGAGAGACAGGACAGGGGCCAGGGUCUAUGUUAUACUGGCGCCCAGAGGUCUCCUCUUGCGGGCGGACAGGACCUUUGCAAAGAGGUAGUCUGUCACCAGGGGCUCUGUCUUCAGGGGUCCCGGGUUCGGGGAACAACUCGCCCCUCCCUUCAGACUUUUUGGUUCGGCACCACGGUCCCAAGCUGGUGUCCUCCCAGCGGAACGCUGGGACAGGCGCCCGCAAAAGAGUGGGCACCGCGCGCUGCUGUGGGGAAUUAUGGGCAACAGGGAGCAAGGGUCAGGGCGAGAGAGCCACGACAUCCGGAGCAGAAAGGACAGCACCCCGGCGGAACUGUCUUCCCGGGGCCUCGGGAUCUGGCCCCGAGCUGGAUUCAGCACCGCGCACGGCAAGGACAGCUCCUGCAUCAGGUUCAGCACCCCGCGAGUCUCGGACAGCUCCCGAGCCGGCGCCCAAGCGCAUGCGCUCCCGGGGUCUCUUCCGCCGCCGCUUCCUCCCGCAGCGCCCCGGGCCGCGCCCCCCGGGACUCCCGGCCCGUCCUGAAGCCAGGAAAAUAACCUCGGCGAACCGGGCACGCUUUCGUCGCGCCGCAAACCGCCACCCGCAGUUUCCGCAGUACAACUACCAGACGCUGGUGCCGGAGAAUGAGGCAGCAGGCACCGCGGUGCUACGCGUGGUUGCGCAGGACCCGGACGCCGGCGAGGCCGGGCGCCUAGUCUACUCGCUGGCGGCGCUCAUGAACAGCCGCUCGCUGGAGCUGUUCAGCAUCGACCCGCAGAGCGGCCUUAUCCGUACGGCGGCAGCUCUGGACCGCGAGAGCAUAGAGCGUCACUACCUGCGUGUGACCGCGCAGGACCACGGCUCGCCGCGCCUCUCGGCCACCACGAUGGUGGCCGUGACAGUAGCCGACCGCAACGACCACUCGCCGGUUUUUGAGCAAGCGCAGUACCGGGAGACGCUUCGCGAGAAUGUGGAGGAAGGCUACCCUAUCCUGCAGUUGCGUGCCACUGACGGCGACGCGCCCCCCAACGCCAACCUGCGCUACCGCUUCGUGGGGCCGCCAGCUGCGCGCGCUGCAGCUGCCGCCGCCUUCGAGAUUGAUCCACGCUCCGGCCUCAUCAGCACCAGCGGCCGAGUGGACCGCGAGCACAUGGAAAGCUAUGAGCUGGUGGUGGAAGCCAGCGACCAGGGCCAGGAACCCGGGCCACGCUCGGCCACUGUGCGCGUACACAUAACUGUGCUGGACGAGAAUGACAACGCUCCUCAGUUCAGCGAGAAGCGCUAUGUGGCGCAGGUGCGCGAGGAUGUGCGCCCCCACACGGUGGUGCUGCGCGUCACGGCCACUGACCGGGACAAGGACGCCAACGGAUUGGUGCACUACAACAUCAUCAGUGGCAAUAGCCGUGGCCACUUUGCCAUCGACAGCCUCACUGGCGAGAUCCAGGUGGUGGCACCUCUGGACUUCGAGGCAGAGAGAGAGUAUGCCUUGCGCAUCAGGGCGCAGGAUGCUGGCCGGCCACCGCUGUCCAACAACACGGGCCUGGCCAGCAUACAGGUGGUGGACAUCAAUGACCACAUUCCUAUUUUUGUCAGCACGCCCUUCCAAGUCUCUGUCUUGGAAAAUGCUCCCUUGGGUCACUCAGUCAUCCACAUUCAGGCAGUCGAUGCAGACCAUGGGGAGAAUGCCAGAUUGGAGUACUCCCUAACUGGUGUGGCACCUGAUACUCCUUUUGUGAUAAACAGCGCCACUGGCUGGGUCUCUGUGAGUGGUCCCCUGGACCGUGAGUCUGUGGAGCAUUACUUCUUUGGUGUGGAGGCUCGAGACCAUGGCUCACCCCCACUCUCUGCCUCAGCCAGUGUCACAGUGACUGUGCUGGAUGUUAAUGACAAUCGGCCUGAGUUCACAAUGAAGGAGUACCACCUACGACUGAAUGAGGAUGCAGCUGUGGGCACCAGUGUGGUCAGCGUGACCGCAGUAGACCGUGAUGCCAACAGUGCCAUCAGCUACCAGAUCACAGGCGGCAACACCCGGAAUCGCUUUGCCAUCAGCACCCAGGGGGGUGUGGGUCUGGUGACUCUGGCUCUGCCACUGGACUACAAGCAGGAACGCUACUUCAAGCUGGUACUAACUGCAUCUGACCGUGCCCUUCAUGACCACUGCUAUGUGCACAUCAACAUCACAGAUGCCAACACUCAUCGGCCGGUCUUUCAAAGUGCCCACUACUCAGUGAGUGUGAAUGAAGAUCGGCCAGUGGGUAGCACCAUAGUGGUCAUCAGUGCCUCUGAUGAUGACGUGGGUGAGAAUGCUCGUAUCACCUAUCUCCUGGAGGACAACCUGCCCCAGUUCCGCAUUGAUGCAGACUCAGGGGCCAUUACAUUACAGGCCCCAUUAGACUAUGAGGACCAGUUGACCUACACCCUGGCUAUCACAGCUCGGGACAAUGGCAUCCCACAGAAGGCAGACACUACUUAUGUGGAGGUGAUGGUCAAUGAUGUGAAUGACAAUGCUCCACAAUUUGUGGCCUCCCACUAUACAGGGCUGGUCUCUGAGGAUGCCCCACCUUUCACCAGUGUCCUGCAGAUCUCAGCCACCGACCGGGAUGCUCAUGCCAAUGGCCGGGUCCAGUACACUUUCCAGAAUGGUGAAGACGGGGAUGGAGAUUUUACCAUUGAGCCCACCUCUGGAAUUGUCCGUACAGUGAGGCGGUUGGACCGGGAGGCAGUAUCAGUGUAUGAGUUGACUGCCUACGCAGUGGACAGAGGUGUGCCCCCACUCCGGACUCCAGUCAGUAUCCAGGUGACGGUGCAGGAUGUGAAUGACAAUGCACCUGUCUUCCCAGCUGAGGAGUUUGAGGUGCGGGUGAAAGAGAACAGCAUUGUGGGCUCAGUGGUGGCCCAGAUCACUGCAGUGGACCCUGACGAAGGCCCCAAUGCCCAUAUAAUGUACCAGAUCGUGGAGGGGAACAUCCCUGAGCUGUUCCAAAUGGACAUCUUCUCUGGAGAACUGACGGCACUCAUUGACCUAGACUAUGAGGCUCGCCAAGAAUAUGUGAUUGUGGUGCAGGCCACAUCUGCUCCUUUGGUCAGCCGGGCCACUGUGCAUGUCCGCCUGGUUGACCAGAAUGACAACAGCCCUGUGCUCAACAACUUCCAGAUCCUCUUCAACAACUAUGUAUCCAACCGUUCAGACACCUUCCCGUCGGGCAUUAUUGGGCGCAUCCCAGCUUAUGACCCCGAUGUCUCCGACCACCUCUUCUACUCCUUUGAGCGUGGCAAUGAGCUGCAGCUGCUGGUGGUCAACCAGACCAGUGGGGAGCUGCGACUCAGCCGAAAGCUAGACAAUAACCGCCCACUGGUGGCCUCCAUGUUGGUGACUGUCACAGAUGGCCUGCACAGCGUGACGGCGCAGUGUGUGCUGCGCGUGGUCAUCAUCACGGAGGAGUUGCUGGCCAACAGCCUGACCGUGCGCCUUGAGAACAUGUGGCAGGAGCGCUUCCUGUCACCGCUGCUGGGCCGCUUCCUCGAGGGCGUGGCUGCUGUGCUCGCUACGCCCGCUGAGGACGUCUUCAUCUUCAACAUCCAGAACGACACAGACGUAGGGGGCACCGUGCUCAAUGUGAGUUUCUCGGCGCUGGCUCCACGUGGGGCCGGGGCGGGCGCUGCGGGGCCCUGGUUCAGCUCCGAGGAGCUGCAGGAGCAGCUGUACGUGCGCCGGGCGGCGCUGGCGGCUCGCUCCCUGCUCGACGUACUGCCCUUCGACGACAACGUGUGCCUGCGAGAGCCCUGUGAGAACUACAUGAAAUGCGUGUCCGUGCUCCGCUUUGACUCGUCCGCGCCCUUCCUGGCCUCGGCCUCCACGCUGUUCCGACCCAUCCAGCCCAUCGCUGGCCUGCGCUGCCGCUGCCCACCCGGAUUCACCGGAGACUUUUGCGAGACCGAGCUCGACCUCUGCUACUCCAACCCAUGUCGCAACGGCGGAGCCUGCGCGCGGCGCGAGGGAGGCUACACGUGCGUCUGCCGCCCGCGCUUCACCGGAGAGGACUGCGAGCUGGACACCGAGGCCGGCCACUGCGUGCCGGGCGUCUGCCACAACGGGGGCACCUGCACCGACGCGCCCAACGGCGGCUUUCGCUGCCAGUGCCCGGCAGGCGGCGCCUUCGAGGGUCCGCGCUGCGAGGUGGCUGCGCGCUCCUUCCCGCCCAGUUCGUUCGUCAUGUUUCGCGGCCUGCGACAGCGAUUCCACCUUACGCUGUCCCUCUCGUUCGCGACGGUGCAGCAGAGCGGGCUGCUCUUCUACAACGGGCGCCUGAACGAGAAGCACGACUUCCUGGCCCUGGAACUCGUGGCUGGCCAAGUGCGGCUCACAUAUUCUACGGGUGAAUCCAACACGGUGGUCAGCCCCACAGUUCCAGGGGGCUUGAGUGAUGGGCAAUGGCAUACAGUGCAUCUGAGAUACUACAACAAGCCCCGGACAGAUGCCCUAGGGGGUGCACAGGGCCCCUCCAAGGACAAGGUGGCUGUGCUGAGCGUGGAUGAUUGUGAUGUGGCUGUGGCUCUGCAGUUUGGUGCUGAGAUUGGCAACUACUCAUGCGCAGCUGCUGGUGUGCAAACAAGCUCCAAGAAGUCUCUGGACCUGACGGGCCCUCUUCUUCUGGGAGGUGUCCCCAACCUCCCCGAGAACUUCCCCGUAUCCCAUAAGGACUUCAUCGGCUGUAUGCGGGACCUGCACAUUGAUGGCCGCCGAGUGGACAUGGCUGCUUUUGUCGCAAAUAAUGGCACCGUGGCAGGCUGCCAAGCCAAGCUACACUUUUGUGACUCAGGCCCCUGCAAGAACAGUGGCUUCUGCUCGGAGCGCUGGGGCGGCUUCAGCUGCGACUGCCCUGUGGGCUUUGGCGGCAAAGACUGUCGGCUUACUAUGGCCCAUCCCCACCAUUUCCGUGGCAACGGCACACUGAGCUGGAACUUUGGAAGUGACAUGGCUGUGUCUGUGCCAUGGUACCUGGGGCUGGCAUUUCGGACACGGGCAACGCAGGGGGUCCUGAUGCAAGUGCAGGCUGGGCCACACAGCACACUCCUUUGCCAGCUAGAUCGGGGGUUACUGUCUGUGACAGUGACCAGGGGCUCGGGCCGUGCUUCCCAUCUCCUUCUGGACCAGGUGACUGUCAGUGAUGGCCGGUGGCACGAUCUGCGGCUGGAGUUGCAGGAGGAACCAGGUGGCCGGCGGGGCUACCAUGUCCUCAUGGUCUCACUGGACUUUAGCCUCUUCCAGGACACCAUGCCGGUGGGGAGUGAGCUGCAGGGCCUGAAGGUAAAGCAGCUCCACGUGGGAGGCCUGCCCCCUGGCAGUGCAGAGGAGGCUCCUCAGGGUCUGGUUGGCUGCAUCCAGGGGGUGUGGCUCGGCUCCACACCCUCUGGCUCCCCGGCCCUGCUACCCCCCAGCCACCGAGUGAAUGCGGAGCCUGGCUGUGUUGUGACCAACGCCUGCGCCUCUGGGCCCUGCCCACCUCACGCCGACUGCCGGGACCUCUGGCAGACUUUUUCUUGCACCUGCUGGCCAGGUUACUACGGCCCAGGCUGUGUAGAUGCCUGCCUCCUGAACCCCUGUCAGAACCAGGGAUCAUGCCGGCACCUCCCAGGAGCCCCCCAUGGCUAUACCUGUGACUGUGUGGGUGGCUAUUUCGGGCACCACUGUGAGCACAGGAUGGACCAGCAGUGCCCACGGGGCUGGUGGGGGAGCCCAACCUGUGGCCCCUGCAACUGUGACGUUCACAAAGGUUUUGAUCCCAACUGCAACAAGACAAAUGGGCAGUGUCACUGCAAGGAGUUCCACUACCGACCACGGGGCAGUGACUCUUGCCUCCCAUGUGACUGCUACCCUGUGGGCUCCACCUCGCGCUCAUGUGCACCCCACAGCGGGCAGUGCCCCUGUCGCCCAGGAGCCCUUGGCCGCCAGUGCAACAGCUGUGACAGUCCCUUCGCGGAGGUGACAGCCAGCGGCUGCCGGGUGCUCUAUGAUGCCUGCCCUAAGUCCCUGAGAUCUGGUGUGUGGUGGCCCCAGACAAAGUUUGGUGUCCUGGCCACAGUGCCCUGUCCCCGGGGGGCCCUGGGAUUGCGGGGUGCAGGUGCUGCUGUGCGGCUGUGUGAUGAGGCCCAGGGUUGGCUGGAGCCCGACCUCUUCAACUGUACCUCCCCUGCCUUUCGAGAACUCAGUCUGCUGCUGGAUGGCCUAGAGCUGAACAAGACGGCACUGGAUACCAUGGAGGCCAAGAAGCUGGCUCAGCGGCUACGGGAGGUGACUGGCCACACUGACCACUAUUUUAGCCAAGAUGUUCGAGUCACUGCCCGCCUGCUGGCCCACCUGCUGGCCUUCGAGAGCCAUCAGCAGGGCUUCGGGCUGACAGCCACACAGGAUGCCCACUUCAACGAGAAUCUGCUGUGGGCCGGCUCUGCACUGCUUGCUCCAGAGACAGGGGACUUGUGGGCAGCACUGGGGCAGCGGGCCCCUGGGGGCUCCCCAGGCAGCGCGGGGCUGGUGAGGCACCUGGAGGAGUAUGCAGCCACGCUUGCAAGGAAUAUGGAACUCACGUACCUGAAUCCCAUGGGGCUGGUGACGCCUAAUAUCAUGCUCAGCAUUGACCGCAUGGAGCACCCCAGUUCUCCCCGGGGGGCCCGUCGCUACCCUCGCUACCAUAGCAACCUCUUUCGGGGCCAGGAUGCCUGGGAUCCUCACACGCAUGUGCUGCUGCCUUCCCAGUCCCCACGGCCAUCCCCAUCGGAAGUUCUGCCCACAAGCAGCAGCAUGGAAAACUCCACCACCUCAAGUGUGGUCCCCCCACCAGCCCCGCCAGAGCCAGAGCCUGGGAUCUCCAUUAUCAUUCUCCUCGUUUACCGCACCUUGGGGGGACUGCUCCCUGCCCAGUUCCAGGUGGAACGCCGAGGUGCCAGGCUUCCCCAGAACCCCGUCAUGAACUCCCCGGUGGUCAGCGUGGCUGUGUUCCAUGGACGCAACUUCCUAAGGGGAAUCCUGGAGUCCCCCAUCAGCCUCGAGUUUCGCCUGCUACAGACAGUGAAUCGGAGCAAGGCCAUCUGUGUGCAGUGGGACCCACCUGGCCUGGCGGAGCAGCAUGGUGUGUGGACAGCACGGGACUGCGAGCUGGUGCACAGGAAUGGGUCCCACGCACGGUGUCGCUGCAGCCGGACAGGGACCUUUGGGGUCCUCAUGGAUGCCUCUCCCCGUGAGAGGCUGGAGGGCGACCUGGAGCUGCUGGCUGUGUUCACCCAUGUGGUCGUGGCUGUGUCUGUGGCUGCGUUGGUGCUGACUGCAGCCAUCCUGCUGAGCCUGCGCAGCCUCAAGUCCAACGUGCGUGGGAUCCAUGCCAAUGUGGCAGCCGCCCUGGGGGUGGCAGAGCUCCUCUUCCUGCUGGGGAUUCACAGGACCCACAAUCAGCUGGUGUGCACUGCAGUCGCCAUCCUCCUGCACUACUUCUUCCUCAGCACCUUCGCGUGGCUCUUCGUGCAGGGGCUGCACCUCUACCGCAUGCAGGUUGAGCCACGCAAUGUGGACCGCGGCGCCAUGCGCUUCUACCAUGCCCUGGGCUGGGGCGUCCCUGCUGUGCUGCUGGGCCUUGCUGUGGGCCUGGACCCUGAGGGCUAUGGGAACCCUGACUUCUGCUGGAUCUCAGUCCAUGAGCCCCUCAUCUGGAGCUUUGCUGGCCCUGUUGUCCUGGUCAUAGUGAUGAACGGGACCAUGUUUCUCCUCGCUGCCCGCACAUCCUGCUCCACAGGGCAGAGGGAGGCCAAGAAGACCUCUGCACUCAGGACCCUUCGCAGCUCCUUCCUGCUCCUUCUGCUGGUCAGUGCCUCCUGGCUCUUUGGGCUCCUGGCAGUCAACCACAGCAUCCUGGCCUUCCACUACCUCCAUGCGGGACUCUGCGGCCUCCAGGGCCUGGCGGUGCUGCUGCUCUUCUGUGUCCUGAAUGCAGACGCUCGGGCUGCCUGGACACCAGCCUGUCUGGGCAGGAAGGCAGCGCCCGAGGAGGCAAGGCCAGCACCUGGGACGGGACCUGGGGCCUACAACAACACGGCUCUCUUUGAGGAGAGUGGCCUCAUCCGCAUCACUCUGGGCGCCUCCACCGUCUCCUCUGUGAGCAGCGCCCGCUCCGGCCGGACCCAGGACCAGGACAGCCAGCGGGGCCGCAGCUACCUCAGGGACAAUGUCCUGGUUCGACAUGGCUCAGCCGCUGACCACACUGACCACAGCCUCCAGGCUCAUGCUGGCCCCACUGACCUGGACGUGGCCAUGUUCCAUCGAGAUGCUGGUGCAGACUCCGACUCCGACAGUGACCUGUCCUUGGAGGAGGAGAGGAGUCUCUCCAUUCCAUCUUCAGAAAGCGAGGACAAUGGCCGGACGCGGGGGCGCUUCCAACGGCCACUCCGCCGGGCAGCCCAGAGUGAGAGGCUCCUCACCCACCCCAAAGAUGUGGAUGGCAAUGACCUCCUGUCCUACUGGCCAGCCUUGGGGGAGUGCGAGGCAGCCCCCUGUGCUCUGCAGACUUGGGGCUCUGAAAGGCGCCUGGGGCUGGACACCAGCAAGGACGCGGCUAACAACAACCAGCCAGACCCGGCCCUGACCAGUGGGGAUGAAGCUUCUCUGGGCCGGGCCCAGCGCCAGAGGAAAGGCAUCCUGAAGAACCGGUUGCAAUACCCACUGGUGCCACAGACCCGAGGUGCCCCUGAGCUGUCCUGGUGCCGUGCAGCCACCUUGGGCCACUGUGCUGUGCCAGCUGCCUCUUAUGGUCGCAUCUAUGCUGGCGGAGGCACAGGUAGCCUUUCACAGCCAGCCAGCCGCUACUCUUCUAGAGAACAGCUGGACCUGCUCCUCCGGCGGCAACUGAGCCGUGAGCGACUAGAGGAAGCCCCUGCCCCUGUUCUACGUCCCCUGAGCCGGCCAGGGUCCCAGGAAUGCAUGGACGCUGCACCGGGCCGACUGGAGCCCAGAGAUCGGGGCAGCACCCUGCCACGGAGGCAGCCACCCCGGGACUACCCUGGCGCCAUGGCUGGCCGCUUCGGGUCACGGGAUGCGCUGGACUUAGGGGCACCUCGAGAGUGGUUGAGCACGCUGCCCCCGCCCCGCCGCACCCGGGACCUUGACCCACAGCCCCCACCCCUGCCCCUGUCUCCCCAACGGCAACUCUCAAGGGACCCCCUCUUGCCAUCCCGGCCGCUGGACUCUCUGUCUAGGAGCUCGAACUCUCGGGAGCAGCUGGACCAGAUGCCUAGCCGGCACCCCUCACGAGAAGCCCUUGGGCCACCCCCGCAGCUGCUCAGAGCUAGGGAGGACCCGGUCAGUGGCCCCAGCCACGGCCCCUCCACAGAACAGUUGGACAUUCUUUCCUCCAUCCUUGCCUCUUUCAACUCCUCGGCCCUCUCCUCCGUGCAAUCUUCAAGCACACCCUCGGGCCCUCACACCACUGCCACACCUUCUGCCACAGCCUCUGUGCUUGGGCCCUCCACGCCGCGUUCUGCCACGUCUCACAGCAUCUCGGAGCUGUCGCCAGAUUCAGAAGUUCCCAGAAGUGAGGGUCACUCCUGAGGGGAUGACGGCGUGGACGAGGAACAGCUGAGGGCGACAGAGGAUCUAGGCUAACAGGAGAGACUCCAGGAGUGGGGGCAGAUCCCAAGGCAGCCUCCUGCUCCCCAGUGGUGGGUGCCCCGGCUCUACCUGGUGUGGCAGGGCUGAGGCUCCAUGCGCAUCUGUGAGCAUGCGUGUGACAGGUGCAGAGAGGGGGGACUGGAGGGAGACUUUUUUUUUUUUUGAGUCGGAGUCUCGCUCUGUCACCCAGGCUGGAGUGCAGUGGCACAAUCUUGGCUCACUGCAAGCUCCGCCUCCCGGGUUCACGCCAUUCUCCUGCCUCAGCCUCUCCGAGUAGCUGGGACUACAGGCGCCCGCCACCACGCCCGGCUAAUUUUUUGUAUUUUUAGUAGAGACGGGGUUUCACCGUGGUCUCGAUCUCCUGACCUCGUGAUCCGCCCGCCUCGGCCUCCCAAAGUGCUGGGAUUACAAGCGUGAGCCACCACGCCCGGCGGAGGGAGACUUUUAUACCUUUUGUACCUUUGUAACCAGAGAGAUGCUUAUGUUAUUUUUCAGCUUUUCUGUCUCCUGGGAGGUUUGAGACUGGGCUGGGAGGGGGAGGGAGAUAGAGGGAGAGAUGCAGUUUGACCCCAUUUGGGUCCCUAGCAAACCCUAUGCUCAUCUCUCUCUCCUUUCUGGGGUGGACUCAGAUGGGUGGGACAUAUGCCUUCCUCCCCCUAUUCCACCCCCAAGUUGAUCUGAGUAUCGUCAGGGGCCCAAAGUACAGAAUUGUUCUUUGCUUUUUCUUGAAUGCUCCAAAGGCCAAACUUCUGGGGCUGGGGGUUGGUCUUGGAAACAGGGGUCUUCUGACUUCCUCAUGGGGGCUCGCUCAUACCGCCCCUCCCGGUGGAUGUGUGUAUUUAUUAUGUGGAGUCCCUGCCACUUACUGCCUUAUGACCUAGGACUGAUGCUGUGGGGUGCUGGUGGAGCAGCUGAUGUCGUGUUUACAGAGCAAGGCUUCCCUGUCUCCCACGGGGAGGGGCUCGGGCCUCUAGUCAGACAUUCCUGCAGAGGGUCGGUGGAGGGGUCAUUCACCUGCCCCUGCAGCAAGCAAAAGUUGUCUGUGGUGCCAUUUGAUUCCCUGACACUGCCCCCUGCUUGAAUUGAUUCUGAAGGGUAGGGUGGGAAGGUGAGCAAAGGGAGCAGAAACAAGGGAAUUCAAGACCCAGAAUGUAGGUGCCACUGCCUCCUAUGUUUACAGGAUCCUCCGUGGCCCUAGGCACCUGGGCUGCAGGAAGUGACUCCGUUCCACUCCUCCUUUAUUCCCUUAAAAAGGGAAAAAUGACUGUUACGACCCUGUUCACAAAACUCUUACUUUUGCUAUUUUGUCUGCUGUCCAGAACUGAAGACUUUAAAAUUUUGUUACUGUUUACAAGUCCAGAUUCAAAAAAUGUUUUUACUUUGUUUACAACUCAAAACUUUGAGUUUUACACUUUGUUUACAGUAGAGAAUUUUUUUUCCUUUGUUUACAAGUGAAAGGUAGGGAAAGUGGGAGAGGGACUUGGAGGACCCACCUGUGAGGACCCUGACCUGGCCAUCUUGAGGGGUUUUCUAACCCCCAGCUUUCCCAGGCCAAAGGUCAGCCUUGAGUCCCCUGUUUAACAGCAGACCCAGAAGACCUUGAGAGUAGGCAUCCUCUAACCACUGGGAAGAGUGGCUGUGCAGGGUUGGGGGGUGGUCUGUGCAGACACCUCUUCACCCACCACCCCAUGCAUACUCUUGGGAAGCAGUUUCCUGGGAGAUUAGAAAUUCUACUUCCCUGACUGGAGCUAAAUCCCACCAGCCAGGACCCAAACUCUCCUUACCCAGAAGGACCCCAGCUCUUGAAGGGCUGAGUGGCCUGCUGGGGGUGGGAGGGUGUCUUUGCCAUGUCCUAGGUUUCGUAGAUGCCCCUCUCUGGGGUUCCCCUCCUCCAGCCCAGCGGCCCUCUUUCCUGUCUGUGUAAAUUGUUCCGUGAAGCCGCGCUCUGUUUUGGGAAUAAACUUCUAUAGAAAACA